GCUGAACCCGGAAGUGGGUAGGCGCUGGAGCGAGCGCGCCGAGAGUGGAGCUCAGCGGCUGGGAGCCAGCGGGGGAGCCCUGGGUUCCCGACCAUGAAACCCUCGGGCACGCCCCUCCAGAAGCUGUUAACCAAGACAGUCUAGUUGUUGUUUUUAAAUAAAUCCCUUAAGAUACUUAUGAAGUUUCUUGUUCUGAAUUUGUUGUACUGCAAUGAAGAAAAGGAGAAAGGUGACUUCAAAUCUUGACGAGAAGAUCCAUCUAGGCUAUCCUAAAGAUUCUUCAGAAGGAGAUGUUGCAGUGGAGUGUGACAAAGUGACCUAUACUCAUUCCACAGAAAGACCAACCCCUGAAGCUCUUCGCUGUUACCAGGAACUUCCUCCCUCGCCAGAUCAGAGAAAACUUCUGAGUUCUUUGCAGUAUAACAAGAAUUUGCUGAAGUAUUUAAACGAUGACAGGCAGAAGCAACCGUCUUUCUGUGACUUACUUAUCAUAGUAGAAGGGAAAGAAUUUAGUGCACAUAAAGUUGUUGUUGCUGUUGGCAGUAGUUACUUUCACGCGUGUUUGAGCAAAAAUCCAAGCACUGAUGUUGUCACCCUGGAUCACGUAACACACUCAGUUUUUCAGCAUUUGCUUGAAUUUCUUUACACAUCGGAAUUUUUUGUGUACAAGUAUGAAAUACCUCUUGUUUUAGAGGCAGCAAAAUUUCUGGACAUUAUAGAUGCAGUUAAGUUGCUAAAUAAUGAAAAUGUUGCCACGUUUCAGGCUGAGCUGUCUGAAAAGUCAUCCCCAGAAGAAACACUAAGUGAAUUAACUGGAAGACUAUCAAAUAAUCAUCAGUGUAAAUUCUGUAGUAGACAUUUUUGUUACAAAAAGUCUUUAGAGAAUCAUUUGGCUAAAACCCACAGGUCCCUUUUAUUAGGGAAAAAACAUGGGUUAAAAAUGCUGGAGAGAAGUUUUUCCACAAGAAGAUCAAAAAGGAAUCGGAAGUGUCCUGUUAAGUUUGAUGACACCAGUGAUGAUGAACAAGAAAGUGGCGAUGGGUCAGACAAUUUGAAUUCAGAAAAUUUCGACAAGGACAAGUCAGACAGAAAUGAUUCUGAGGACCCUGGAAGUGAAUAUAACGCUGAAGAAGAUGAGCUAGAGGAGGAAAUGUCCGAUGAAUACUCUGACAUUGAAGAACACAGUGAAAAAGAGCAGAAUGAUGCAGAAGAAGAGCCUGAGGCUGGUGAUUCUGUAGGAAAUAUUCAUGAGGGGUUAACUCCUGUAAUCAUUCAGAACAGUAACAAAAAAAUAUUGCAAUGUCCUAAAUGUGAUAAAACAUUUGACCGCAUAGGGAAAUAUGAGAGCCACACACGUGUUCACACAGGUGAGAAGCCCUUUGAGUGUGAUAUUUGUCACCAGCGCUAUUCGACAAAGUCUAAUCUAACUGUUCACAGAAAGAAGCACAGUAAUGAAACAGAAUUUCAUAAGAAGGAGCACAAGUGCCCUUAUUGUAAUAAACUUCAUGCAAGCAAGAAGACUUUAGCCAAGCAUGUUAAGAGAUUUCAUCCUGAAAAUGCGCAAGAAUUCAUCUCCAUUAAGAAGACCAAGAGUGAAAGUUGGAAAUGUGAUAUUUGUAAGAAAUCUUUUACUCGAAGACCACACUUGGAGGAGCAUAUGAUUCUGCAUUCUCAAGAUAAGCCUUUUAAGUGUACCUAUUGCGAAGAACAUUUCAAAUCACGAUUUGCACGGUUAAAGCAUCAAGAAAAGUUCCAUCUGGGUCCUUUUCCAUGUGAUAUAUGUGGUCGCCAGUUUAAUGACACUGGAAAUUUAAAACGCCAUAUAGAAUGUACCCACGGUGGAAAGAGAAAAUGGACUUGCUUCAUCUGUGGAAAAUCAGUACGAGAAAGAACUACUUUGAAAGAACAUUUGAGAAUCCAUAGUGGAGAAAAACCUCAUCUUUGUAGUAUUUGUGGACAAAGUUUUCGUCAUGGAAGUUCAUACAGACUUCACUUACGAGUACAUCAUGAUGACAAAAGAUAUGAGUGUGAUGAAUGUGGGAAAACAUUUAUUCGUCAUGACCACCUUACAAAGCACAAAAAAAUACAUUCAGGUGAGAAGGCUCAUCAGUGUGAAGAAUGUGGAAAGUGUUUUGGUCGUAGGGAUCAUCUCACUGUUCACUACAAAAGUGUACACCUGGGAGAGAAAGUGUGGCAAAAAUACAAAGCAACCUUUCAUCAAUGUGAUGUGUGUAAGAAAAUUUUUAAAGGCAAAUCAAGUCUGGAAAUGCAUUUUCGGACGCAUUCAGGUGAAAAACCAUACAAGUGUCAAAUUUGCAAUCAAUCUUUUAGAAUUAAGAAAACUUUAACAAAACACUUGGUUAUCCAUUCUGAUGCCCGGCCUUUCAACUGUCAGCACUGUAAUGCAACAUUUAAGCGGAAAGACAAGCUGAAAUACCACAUUGACCAUGUUCAUGGCAUAAAAUCUCCAGACGAUCCACUCAGUACUUCUGAGGAAAAACUUGUAUCCUUGCCAGUAGAGUACUCAUCUGAUGAUAAAAUCUUUCAAACAGAAACAAAACAAUAUAUGGACCAGCCUAAAGUUUACCAGUCAGAAGCCAAGACUCUGCUACAGAAUGUGUCUGCCGAAGUAUGUGUCCCGGUGACACUGGUUCCAGUUCAGAUGCCUGACACUCCGAGCGAUCUGGUGCGUCAUACAACCACGCUUCCGCCAUCUUCUCAUGAGAUCUUGUCACCACAGCCACAAUCAACUGAUUAUCCCCGAGCAGCUGACUUAGCUUUUCUGGAAAAAUAUACUCUUACUCCUCAACCUGCAAAUAUAGUUCAUGCCGUACGACCUGAACAAAUGCUAGACCCUAGAGAACAGUCUUACCUUGGAACCUUACUAGGCCUUGAUAAUGCUACUGCUGUACAAAGUAUUUCUAAUAAUGAGCAUCAUUCAUGAGUAAAUCUAAACAUUCCAUAGACUUUUUUGAUUGUUCUGUGCUAAUGGUAGCCUAGACUGAUGGCUUUUAAAUUAGGAAGGCUGCUGUUUUUUUUCAGUUUCUCUAGUUUCUCAAGUCCUCAGAACCAUUUCAAAUCAAGAAAAAUAUGUAUUUCUGUUAACUGAACAUACAAAUAUUUGGACACAUUUUGAGGUAUAACAUUUGAAAUUAACAUUUUUGUGAUUUUUAAAUAUGGCAGUGCUAAUUUUUAAUGGUUCCUCAAAUUUUUCAAUAUUACUAGCUGUUGACUUUAUGUUUUUGUUUUUAAUCAUCAGUGGACAUUUUUACUCUUUAGUUUCAAUCCUCUUUUCUCCCUUCUGCAUAUUCCAAACAAGCUUAAGGACCAUGUAGCUUUUAAGAAAGAUUCUAAGAGUACACUGAUAAUUGCAACUCUUCUUAUCCUAACUUAAGAUUCAUUUCUUCUACAUUUUUAAAAUUUGAAGUUAGGAAUUUAAAUUUGUAGGGAUGUUUUGGAUAUUUUUGUGGUUUUUUUUAAUCUGGCCAUAAUUUCAUGUUAUUAUUAAUCCUUUAGUCUUUUGAUAAACUCAAAUCCAGAAAGCUAACUUAAUGUAAGAUUAGCUUGUUAAAUGAAAUAGAAUGGAAAUAUUUAUUCAAAUGACUGGUUUUUGCCUGUGCUUCAGUAAUCAUGAAUACAAAGUGCAAACAUAUGUGCAGGCAUUAAAUUAUACGAAGUUGAAAAUGUGUUAAAAGCAAAUUAUGACCAUUUUAACUACAUAACAUUCAAGGUAAGUUCACCUUUUAUAUUUUGACAUUUGUUUAAGAAACAAUAACAGUACAUCAGAGCAUGUAUCUUCAUCUCACUAAAGGAGGGGCAGUUAUAACUAAUCAUUGAAAUUUAAUUUAUAAGCUACUUUUGGUCUCAUUUUGAUUAAGUGAAAUUCUGGGAGACAGAACUUAGGUAUUACAUACGUAACUGUUAGGAAAGGUGCCAAAUUAUAAAAUUUAUGUCUAACUAAAUUCCAUGUUUACUUUAAUUAAAGGGAACCACUACUUGUAGACAGAUUUACAUGUAAUCUAGAUCUUUAUUUUGCUUUUCACAUAAGCCUAAUGUCUAUAAUUAUCCUUGAUUUUUAUUUUUGUAAGAGACAAAAGUUGAGGACUUGGUGAAAGGAAAUAGCAGAGCAAAAACCUCACUGAUAAAAAUUAAUUGAGGAAAAAGCCAGUCAAAGUUACAAAAUACCUUUAAGAUGUGCACUUUCCAUAUUUUCAAGUCAAUUUAAACUUAAACUAGGAUGAUGUUUCCUAGUAGAGCUGCUUGAAGGAUUAGAAUAGGCAGGGUUGAUUUAUUAGCAUGUCAUUUGUAUGUAAACUACUGGAAAAUAGCAAUUUUAAGAGUUUUCUAUUUCAGUUUUGUUUACACUCCUGAUUGCUUUGAGCACUUUUUUGUGUGUAAACUGUAAAGUCUGGCCCAGCCCUUGUGAAAAAAAAUCACAAAUAAAAUAAUGAAGUUUUAAUGAAUUAAAUUUAACCACUUUCUCUAAUGGGGAAACUUGUUUGCUGAAGCACUUAAGAAAUGAAGGUACUUUACAGGAACAUUCACAUCCUACUAGUGGAAAUAAAAGAAAAAAAGUGUUGAGAUUGAGGCAGUUAACCAAAGUAGCUCAUAUAAGUAAAAAAACCCUGAGUUUUGCCUCAAUUAUCAAGGUUUGGUUAUAAUUAGUCUAGGACCAGUAGACAUAAUUAAUGUAUUCCUUUUAAAACACUUUUACUUUUGUGUGGAAAUGUUAUAAUACUGGGGUACUUAGGUGAUUGAACUUCACUGUAUGAGGUACUAUUAGUCUGUUAGUCUUUCAAAUUGACUUUGAAAAAUACAUGUCUUUAUGAUUUUUGGUUCUUAUCAUAAAAGCAAGACUUUCAAAUCAAAAACUUACUAUAAUGGAAUGAAGUAAUACCUGAAAGUAGACCCUUUCCUUAUUACAUAUAAACCAUUGAAGAAAAGUUUGGACUUAUAAAAAGGCAAUGGUAUAUAUGUGUCUGUGUAUGGUAUGUUAUUUGCUUGGUAGCAAGAAAGAAAUAGGGUGUUGCAUUUUCACAUUGAAAAGAAUACUUUGCUUUUUUGAAGGUAUUUAGGAUUCUUUUAAUAAUAAUUUCCUAAUGCUAUAAAUACAUAAUUUGAUCAUAGGAAUUGGUUUACACUACGAAACUUUUCUGGAAUACAUCUCUUAGAUAAAGUGAAAUAUAAUUAUAUUUAGUUAUUAUUGUAGAUGAACUUGAAUACUCUUUUAUAAAAUGCUUUUUACAGUUGUCUUGUUUAACCUCAUAACCAAAUCUGAAAGAGGAAAGACAUGCUAUAUUCCCAUUUUAGAGAUAAAGAAUCCAAGGUUAAGAAAAGGACUCACUUAAGCUCGUAGCAUUAAAAAUGGCAGAGCUACUAACAGGGAAAGAAAGCUAGCAUUAAUAAAUGCUGCUUCUAGUGCCAGGCACUGCAUCUUUUCAUGUAAUUUUAAACAGUCUGAGAAGCAGCUAGUAUAAUUCUUGUGAAGGAAUUAUCUCAGUGGAUGGACAAACACACAAAUCUGCUGCCUCUAAUUUCCAAAAUUAGAGUAUAGGACAUUGUAAAAUUGUGAAAACCUCAUGGAUUUGGGCAAACUGAAUGUAAAUAAGUUGUUGAAGUUGGCACAAAAAAUUUGAAAUGAGGCCUACUCUUUUCAGUUAAUCUUUUGUAAUAUUUAAUUUGGAGUAUUUGGACAAAUGUUCCAUUAACUCUAAAAUCCAUUAAUUUUGUAACUGUACUUAAAAUUUUAAAUCUUGCAACUAAGUUUAGCCUCAUUCAGAAUUUUUUUAUUUUAUGAGCAUAAUUUAUUAUUUUAAAUUAAUUUUUAGCUGAUAGCAGUUAGCACUUAAUAUGUAAAUUGAAUAAUUUAUCAAGUGUAGAAAUGUGUUAACCUAAUCAAUUUUUCCUUAAAUGCACCAAAGAUUUUUAGUAGGUAUUAAAAUGGUUUAAAAGAAUUAAAAUUCUUUGUUGUUUGAAUAAAUAUUUGUCCAAAGAAGCACAGUUGAAGUCCUAGGAUUAUGGAUUUUUAAAAAAAUCAUUAGUUUGAAUACUCAGAUUGUGUUUGUGUUUAUAUGUAUAAAAAUAAAAACAGAAGAAAAUACUCUGGGAAUAGUCAUACUGACAAACAAGUAAGAAUACUUAGUUUUCCUCAGUUUAAUUAAUUGAAUGUCUUCUUUUAAGUGGACACUAUUAAAUGCUAAAUAAUAAGCUUAUUUUUUACACUACACUAUUAAAAUAAUUUUGCCUUAGAAUUUUUUUUAAGACAAGUUGAAGUUAUUUUUAUAAGAAACCCCACCUAUUUUUUGCAGCCUAAAAUACCAGUGAAGGUUAGGGUUCGUUCUUCAUGCCAGCAAGAUUUAACCAACAAACUGUAAAGGUAAUGAUCCUGGCAUACUUUUAAGCAGUUUAGUCAUUUUUGCUGGGAGAAAAGGAGUAGCAAAAAUAGGGUUUUAAACUGGUGCUUUAUUAAGUGACUUCUUUUUAAGUGAUUGUAGGUCAUGAUAUAGGUACACUAAUUUCUGUCAACUUUAGAAGUGUCAAACAUCUUUGCAGAGUGACUGUAAACUGUUAAGGGCUAAUAAGUAAUUAAAUCUCAUUCGUUGCUUUUCAGUAUUUAAUCGCAAACAGAAACACAAUUAAACUGGCGUGUUUAUAAGUUUGAGUUCUCUUCCGACCAGAUCAUUCUAACAUAUCAUUGAUGAAAAGUCAGAUUUAAAGCGUUAGCUCUUUGACAGUGUCCUUUUUAUACCCAGUCUUUUCUGAAUUGAAUGCUUUGUGCCUUUUCAAUGUGUUGUCGAUGCUUAAAAUUGAUUCUGCUGGCUAGAUUGUACUGGUUAAUGAAUGAUUUGGAUUUUGUUGUUGUUGUUAUGGGUUUUGUGUUUGUGCUGCCUGCUGGUCAGGCAGCACUUUUUUUAGAUUACUUUAUGAUUAUUUAGGAAAAUGGCAGUAAGUAAUAGUGUGAACAUUUGUUGGUGGUGGUUUUUUUUUUUUUUUUUACUCUUUUGUGGCCUUUCUAGUUACUGUGAAGCCACUCCAGGGCCUGUCUCUAGAUGCUUAUUAGAGGAAUCUGACAAAUAAAAUAAAAUGAGUAGCGUGUCUGCCUCUCUGUCUCCUCCCCACCCACCUCCCUUUUUUGAAAAUAAUCAGUUCCCCAUACCCACACAGCUCUACAUUGAAUGGCUUCUCAUUUCAGUUUGCCUAAAACUGAACUAGAGGUGAUGGUUUGAGAUAAGUUUCUCAUUAGGAGCAGCAACAUCCCAAUCAAUAUACAAUUUGAGUUGAUGAACUCAGGAAGAAUUAAGACCUUUAACGUCGUACUUGGAUUAUUCUAAGAUUCAGUGUCAAAUUUAAAGUGACUAGAAAUAUAUUUAAUAAGGAACAAGUAGCAUUUCUAAAACUUUACAUGGUAUUAUGGUAAAUGUUACUUGUGAUUAGGGUGAAUAAUGGAUAAUGUGAGAAUAAUUUUCUAAAUAAUUUCUAGGAACUAUAGGCAGUUCUUCCUUAGAUUCUCGCCCCCCCCCCCUUUCUUUUGCACAUUCCUCUCUCUCAGUAAAGUCUGUAGUGUCCUUUUGGGGGGAUCACCCCCUUGUUUCCUCUAGUGUUAUUUCAACUUAAAGAUACUUUUACCCUAAAAUAUUAGCAUGCUUUCUGCUCUUCUCUUUGGAAGUAGCAUUAAUAAGAUAGAAGUAGUAGGAUUAGGUUGUGUGGAAGACGAGAGAAAGAAGGGCUUGGUAGAGAGUGACUGUUUUGUUUACUCUUCAUGUUUCAUUCAACUUGCUAUGUUUUGAUCUUAAAUCUAUGGCUAUUGAAAAACCCCAAGGCAAUUUAAAUUUAGCCUCUGCAGCCAUUUAUAUAAAAAGAAAUUAAGAAUUAUAUGAGAAUAGAGGUUAUACAAUGACGGAGAUACUUUUCUUAAUUCUUAAAUACAAAAGUAAUUUAGUGCUUGCAUUAUUGUUGGAGAUUCUAAAACAUUUCUUGAAUGAAGAGCAUGUACACUUUUCAUUGUUAUUUCACCUCUUUGCUUGGUAAAUCUGCUUGCAUUAAAGUUGGACAGCGUUCUGUGGUGUAAUUACAGAAUUUUUUAUUUCUUCCAAAAAUUGGACUUUUCUUAUCCCUAUAGACACAACUGUAUUACAAUUGAUGAAUGUGGCUGCCAAAAAUAAUAAUAAUAAUUAAACUGAGUACAGAGGUGGGCAUUUAGCUGCUCUAUGUUGUGUAGUAAAUAUUCUGAUAAAGGGGAUUUAUGAUGUACAUUAAAGUGGAAAUGCUUUUGAACAUAGUCUUCAGUCUCAAAUCAUAAGUUUUGUUUUUAAUCAUUAAAGGACACUUAAAAGCAAUUACAAAGAAAAAUCUAAAAUAUCGAAAUUCAUUAUUUUGUCAACUGUGUGAAGUAUCUUGUGAGUUACAUAUUUUAGCUGUCUCAUGUUUCAUAAAUACAGAUGUCUUUAUAGAAAAACUCAGUUCUCUGUGAAGACUAGGAAGUGUAUUGUAUAUUGAACUAAUUUGUUGUGUUAUUUUGAUAUUUAAAAUAAAUACAGAGUUCUUUGGUCCUACCCA